AAGGAAGUGUGAAAAAAGAAACAUGGCGGGGCAUUUUUUUCAGUAGGAAAAGGCCAAAUCUAUUCCACUGAAUACAAUGACAUUGUUACUCUUGCUUCUUGCACAGGCGCAGUGCAGGACUGCUCCGAGCACGCCUACGCGCGCAUUUUCUCCCCUUCCUCUCCCUCUUUCCACUUUCCUCUCCCUUUUUCUCCUCUCCUUUCCCCCUCCCACCACUUGGUCUUUCAGUCUUUCAGUCAGUUCGUUUAGGUCUCUCCUUCCGACCCCCACCCCCAGCUCCUCUCCCUUUCCUUUUCCCCCUCCCCCUUUCCUUUCCCGUCUCACGCGCCAGGCCGCUUGCACAUGCGCAUUAGGUACAAAGCCUCGCUCUUUGUCCCCAUCUGUCGUUCACACGAACUCAAGCCUUUGGCAUUCGGCAGCCAAUAGAAUCUAAGAAAUGGCGGAAAAAUGAUUCCGCCUCGGGAGCUAAACCUUGAUUGGCAGUUUAGCUAACCAAUCGAGAACGCCAUUUUGUACCCCUUGGGAGGCACCGAGCUCCGUCGUCUCGUUUCCGGCGGUCGCGCGCUCUUUUCUCGGGACGGGAGAGGCCGUGUAGCGUCGCCGUUACUCCGAGGAGAUAUCAGUCGGUAGAGGGGUGCAAAAAUGCAGAGUAAUAAAACUUUUAACUUGGAGAAGCAAAACCAUACUCCAAGAAAGCAUCAUCAACAUCACCACCAGCAGCAGCACCACCAGCAGCAACAGCAGCAGCCGCCACCACCGCCAAUACCUGCAAAUGGGCAACAGGCCAGCAGCCAAAAUGAAGGCUUGACUAUUGACCUGAAGAAUUUUAGAAAACCAGGAGAGAAGACCUUCACCCAACGAAGCCGUCUUUUUGUGGGAAAUCUUCCUCCCGACAUCACUGAGGAAGAAAUGAGGAAACUAUUUGAGAAAUAUGGAAAGGCAGGCGAAGUCUUCAUUCAUAAGGAUAAAGGAUUUGGCUUUAUCCGCUUGGAAACCCGAACCCUAGCGGAGAUUGCCAAAGUGGAGCUGGACAAUAUGCCACUCCGUGGAAAGCAGCUGCGUGUGCGCUUUGCCUGCCAUAGUGCAUCCCUUACAGUUCGAAACCUUCCUCAGUAUGUGUCCAACGAACUGCUGGAAGAAGCCUUUUCUGUGUUUGGCCAGGUAGAGAGGGCUGUAGUCAUUGUGGAUGAUCGAGGAAGGCCCUCAGGAAAAGGCAUUGUUGAGUUCUCAGGGAAGCCAGCUGCUCGGAAAGCUCUGGACAGAUGCAGUGAAGGCUCCUUCCUGCUAACCACAUUUCCUCGUCCUGUGACUGUGGAGCCCAUGGACCAGUUAGAUGAUGAAGAGGGACUUCCAGAGAAGCUGGUUAUAAAAAACCAGCAAUUUCACAAGGAACGAGAGCAGCCACCCAGAUUUGCACAGCCUGGCUCCUUUGAGUAUGAAUAUGCCAUGCGCUGGAAGGCACUCAUUGAGAUGGAGAAGCAGCAGCAGGACCAAGUGGACCGCAACAUCAAGGAGGCUCGUGAGAAGCUGGAGAUGGAGAUGGAAGCUGCACGCCAUGAGCACCAGGUCAUGCUAAUGAGACAGGAUUUGAUGAGGCGCCAAGAAGAACUUCGGAGGAUGGAAGAGCUGCACAACCAAGAGGUGCAAAAACGAAAGCAACUGGAGCUCAGGCAGGAGGAAGAGCGCAGGCGCCGUGAAGAAGAGAUGCGGCGGCAGCAAGAAGAAAUGAUGCGGCGACAGCAGGAAGGAUUCAAGGGAACCUUCCCUGAUGCGAGAGAGCAGGAGAUUCGGAUGGGUCAGAUGGCUAUGGGAGGUGCUAUGGGCAUAAACAACAGAGGUGCCAUGCCCCCUGCUCCUGUGCCAGCUGGUACCCCAGCUCCUCCAGGACCUGCCACUAUGAUGCCGGAUGGAACUUUGGGAUUGACCCCACCAACAACUGAACGCUUUGGUCAGGCUGCUACAAUGGAAGGAAUUGGGGCAAUUGGUGGAACUCCUCCUGCAUUCAACCGUGCAGCUCCUGGAGCUGAAUUUGCCCCAAACAAACGUCGCCGAUACUAAUAAGUUGCAGUGUCUAGUUUCUCAAAACCCUUAAAAGAAGGACCCUUUUUGGACUAGCCAGAAUUCUACCCUGGAAAAGUGUUAGGGAUUCCUUCCAAUAGUUAGAUCUACCCUGCCUGUACUACUCUAGGGAGUAUGCUGGAGGCAGAGGGCAAGGGAGGGGUGGUAUUAAACAAGUCAAUUCUGUGUGGUAUAUUGUUUAAUCAGUUCUGUGUGGUGCAUUCAUGAAGUCUCUAAUGUGAUUGUUGAGGGCCUGGGGAAACCAUGGCAAAGUGGAUCCAGUUAGAGCCCAUUAAUCUUGAUCAUUCCGGUUUUUUUUUUUUUUUUUUGUCCAUCUUGUUUCAUUUGCUUGCCCUGCCCCCGAGACGGAGUCUUACUCUGUCGCCCAGGCUGGAGUAUAGUGGCAUGAUCUCGGCUCACUGCAAUCUCUGCCUCCCGGGUUCAAGCUUGUCCAGGCUGAUCUUGAACUCCUGACCUCGUGAUCUACCCGCCUCGGCCUCCCAAAAUGCUGGGAUUACAGGGGUGAGCCACCGUGCCCAACCUCACUUGCUUUCUUAUCCUUACACUCCCCCAGCCCCAGAGAAACUGCCAUAUACACCACAAAAACCAAACAUCCCCCAAUGACCUUAGCCCCAUUGCUCCAUUCACUCCCAGGUGAGAAUUCAGGCAAACGUCCACAAAGGUCACAGGCAGCGUACAUACGGUUCUGUUAUACCCCAUAUAUUACCCCUUCAUGUCCUAAAGAAGACAUUUUCUCUUAGAGAUUUUCAUUUUAGUAUAUCUUUAAAAAAAAAUCUUGUGUUAACUUGCCUCCAUCUUUUUCUUGGGUGAGGACACCCAGGAAUGACCCUUUUGUGUCUAUGAUGUUGCUGUUCACAGCUUUUCUUGAUAGGCCUAGUACAAUCUUGGGAACAGGGUUACUGUAUACUGAAGGUCUGACAGUAGCUCUUAGACUCGCCUAUCUUAGGUAGUCAUGCUGUGCAUUUUUUUUUCAUUGGUGUACUGUGUUUGAUUUGUCUCAUAUUUGGAGUUUUUCUGAAAAAUGGAGCAGUAAUGCAGCAUCAACCUAUUAAAAUACAUUUUAAGCCUUUUAA